GGCGGCGGCGGCGGCGGCGGCGGGGAUGCCGAUGCCGGUGCCGGCGGGCGCGGAGCCGCCGCGGCGCGGAGCCGCCGCCCGGCCCGGGCACGGCGGGGGGGGCGCGGGCGGGGCGGGGGGCGCGCGCAUCCCGCGGGCCCCGCAGCGGCCGCCCGGGCGCCGCCCGCCGCCGCCGCCGCGGCCGUAGGGCUCCCCCGCCACCCGGGGGCACGGCGCUCCGGUAUGAAGCGGUGCCGCUCGGACGAGCUGCGGCAGCCCGAGGAGGACCCCGGAGCCGCGGGGGAGCCGCCCGGCCCUGCUGCCAUGGAGGCCAAGCCCGGGGAGGCGGCGGCGGCGGCGGCCCCUGAGGCGGGCGCUGUCCCCCCGCCGCGCACCAAGCCCCCCGACCUGAAGAAAAUCCAGCAGCUCUCCGAAGGGUCCAUGUUUGGCCAUGGCCUGAAGCACCUUUUCCACAGCCGCCGGCGGUCGCGGGAGCGGGAGCACCAGAACUCGCAGGAUGCUCUGCCGCCGCACUACGGCACGUCCGACCACGACUCCCCCGACGAGAAGGAGAGGUCCCCCGAGAUGCACCGUGUGUCCUACGCCAUGUCCCUGCACGACCUCCCGGCGCGUCCCACCGCCUUCAACCGGGUGCUGCAGCAGAUCCGCUCUCGCCCCUCCAUCAAGCGCGGCACCAGCCUGCACAGCGGCAGCCGGCGCGCCAAGAGCGGCUCGCUGGAGCCCCAGAAAGGGAGCCCCCACCUCAUCCGCAAGGCCCCCCAGGACAGCAGCCUCACCGCCAUCCUGCAUCAGCACCAGGGGCGCCCCAGGUCCUCCUCCACCACCGACACUGCCAUCCUGCUGGCCGAGAGCGGCGCUGUCUACCUGCUCACCGAAGACACCGAGUGCCUGGCCGAUAAGCUGGACAAGGGGGAUGUGACCGCGCUCAGCCUGCCUUCUGCCACGGGGCACGGCGACACCGAUGGCACCAUCUGCCUGGACGUCCCCGAUGGCACCCCCGACCCGCACAGGACAAAAGCUGCCAUCGAGCACCUGCACCAGAAGAUCCUCAAGAUCACCGAGCAGAUCAAGAUCGAGCAGGAGGCUCGGGAUGACAACGUGGCCGAGUACCUGAAGCUGGCCAACAACGCGGACAAGCAGCAAGCGUCCCGCAUCAAGCAGGUCUUCGAGAAGAAGAACCAGAAGUCGGCUCAGACCAUCGCGCAGCUCCACAAGAAGCUGGAGCACUACCACAAGAAGCUGAAGGAGAUCGAGCAGAACGGCCCUUCCCGGCAGCCCAAGGAUGUUUUCCGGGACAUGCACCAGGGUCUCAAGGACGUGGGUGCCAACGUUCGCUCCAGCAUCAGCGGCUUCAGCGGCGGCGUGGUGGAAGGGGUCAAGGGAGGGCUCUCGGGUCUGUCCCAGGCCACGCACACCGCCGUGGUCUCCAAGCCCCGGGAGUUUGCCAGCCUCAUCCGGAACAAGUUCGGCAGCGCGGACAACAUCGCGCACCUGAAGGACACGUUGGACGAUGGGCACCCGGAGGAGGCCUCGCGCGCUCUCAGCGGCAGUGCCACCCUGGUCUCCAGCCCCAAGUACGGCAGCGAUGACGAGUGCUCCAGUGCCACCUCCGGCUCGGCUGGUGGCAGCAACUCAGGGGCAGGACCUGGCGGCUUGGGGAGCCCCAAGUCCAACACGCUGGACAGCCACCACAAUAACUUUGACACCAUCCUAGAGGAGCUCCGGGAGAUCAAAGACAGCCAGACGCAUCUGGAGGACUCCAUGGAGGACCUCAAGGCUCAACUGCAACGGGAUUACACCUACAUGACACAGUGCUUGCAAGAGGAGCGGUACAGGUACGAGCGCCUGGAGGAGCAGCUCAACGACCUCACCGAGCUGCACCAGAACGAAAUGACCAACCUGAAGCAGGAGCUGGCCAGCAUGGAGGAGAAGGUGGCCUACCAGUCCUAUGAGAGGGCACGGGACAUCCAGGAGGCGGUGGAGUCCUGCCUGACACGGGUGACCAAGCUGGAACUGCAGCAGCAGCAGCAGCAAGUGGUGCAGCUGGAAGGGGUGGAGAACGCCAACGCCCGGGCGCUGCUGGGCAAGUUCAUCAACGUCAUCCUGGCCCUGAUGGCCGUGCUGCUCGUCUUCGUCUCCACCAUCGCCAACUUCAUCACCCCGCUCAUGAAGACCCGCAUGCGCAUCCUCAGCACCGCCCUGCUCGUCCUCUUCCUCUUCUUCCUCUGGAAGCACUGGGACUCCAUCAGCUACUUCCUGGAGCACGUCCUGCUCCCCAGCUGAUCCACAGCCGGGCUGCUGCAGCCCCGGGGGGCUUUCCAUUUCCUGCAGAGGAGAGGGCUGGGGGGACCGUGGUCCAAAGCCUUCAGGUUGCUUCUUCACACACUCAGUUCAGUUGCUUUCCCAACUCUCGAUCCUCGCUGCAGCCAGCGGUGAGCACUUGGAGCGCAGCGUGUCGAAGCUGGGAUCCAUUGGUCCUCUGGGAUGUUUUAGGAGGGUGGGAUGGGGAACGAAGAGGAGUUUUGGAAGAAACUGAUUAUUUAUGGGGUGCUGACUGGUUUUUUAAGUGUCAGUCUGGUCUGAAGGUCUGUGGGAAGGGUUUCUGUUGGGGGAAGGAUUGAGCUGGACCAAACCCAGCUCCAUGAAAACUUUCUGUAGAAAGAAGAGAGGGGUUAGUUGGGGCUGGAGUUUCCCUUUCAUCCUUGACAACCAAGACAGCAAAAUCUCAGUCCUGGGAUAGAGCAAGAGCGAAAGCAAAGCAUGUGCUGGAGGAGGAAGUGGGUCCAAGGUGAACGCAGCAGGACAUGCACAUCCCACCAGCUCUCCCAAGCCCACCACAGCCCAGCCAGCACGGAGCAGGGCUGUGACAUUGUCCCUGCGUGCCCACAGGGGCCUGGGCAGACACAGGGGACGCGAUGCUGGGGUCAGCUCUGGCGCAAGCGAGAUCCCCUCCACUGCUUCCCCUGCAGUUAUUUAUUUCCCCUUCCUUUGGCCGCAGUCGAUCCGAUCUCUUCAGGGACCCCUGGACUUGCAUCACGCCGCUGUUUGACAGCCCCUGCACCGUGUCGUGUGUGUGUGUGUGUGUGUGUGUGUGUGAGUUCUCAUUUAACCCAAGACUCUCUUUCCAUUUGUGAACCGAAGCUGGUGGAGCAGGAGGAGGCGAGCAGCCGCCUUCCCAGCCCCUCCGGCCCUGCGCCAGAGCACAGCAUGCUGGCUCCGAUGGGUCCGAAAUGAUUUCAUACAUAUAUAUUUAUGUAAUAUAUCUAUACACACACAUAUAUAAAUAUAUAUAUAAAUAUGCAGA